AUGAUUCGUGCAAGCUUGCUUGCAUUGUUUUCAACUCUGGUUAUAUGUGGAUUUUGUGGAAAGGACUUUGCUUCACUGGGCCGUCAUACAUGGCGCUGUAAAAAUAAGGUUGAGUUUGACCAAACAUCAGAGCAAAAUAAAGUUCCUGCUGUUGAAAUUCGUACUCAAGAAUGUUUACCAGCCAGUUCAUAUAAAGUUGUCAAAUGUUGUUGCGGUAAAGUGUGUAAAGGCGCUCGUGGUUUAAAGAUGCAUCAACGUAGCUGUAAAGUAAUUGAUGACAUGGAGGAGGAAUUACAACAACAAAUGACUGAUGCUUUAAAUGAACAAAUAUGCGAUGACAAUGUUCAAUCAGCAGAGGAUGCAGUUCCGAGUCUAAACGCCCAAGAAAUCUUUCCUGAUUUAAAGAAAGGAAUAAAAUUGCCAAAAUCGCCAUUACAAUGGUCUACUGCUAACGACUUUUUUCAACUCACUCUUUCAAAUUACCCAGUCACAACCCAAGAAAUCAAUAAAAGUAUCAAUACCAUGGCAACAGUGAUAUACAAUUACUUCAGUGAUAAUUAUGGAUUUGUUGACGCCAACAAUAACAACGAAUUUGAAUCAAAGUAUAAGUCAUGUUCGGCUAAGGAGCUUAAAAAAGUAUUAAAAAAUUUAAAGUGCAAAAACGGUGAUCUGAAAGAAAUCAAAUUUGUUGCUAAAAAGCUGCGUUGUCUUCUUAGUAAAAAUAACACCGACCUACAACAUGCUGAUGUCAACGUGUCAGAUAACAUUGAUCACGACAAGUUAUUCAAUAAUAAUUUCUGGGGUUACGUUAAAAAAUUUCUUAAGAAAAAAACAGAAUCGUUUCCAACAUUUGGUCUUGCCCAAUGUACAGCUUACUUUACUAAGACACUUUCCGCAGUUAUUCCAAAUAAAACAUUCAACAUUCCUAGCUGGAUUCCCAAGUUUAAUUCCCCAACAACACCAUUUAAUCUUGACCCUCCGACCUAUAAUGAGAUUACAAAUGUCAUUCGAAAGAUGAAACCGUCUGGCUCACCGUGCCCUCUCGACCAAAUAUCUGUUAUCUGUCUUAAACGCUGCCCAUAUCUACGUACUUAUUUAACUGAAAUUAUCCAUGCUGCCUGGUCAUCUGGUAUUGUUCCAUCAGAAUGGAAAAAAGCGUGCACGAUAUUGAUUCACAAAAAAGACGAAACUGACAAUCCCGCUAACUUCAGACCAAUAACUCUAGAAUCUGUUCCGCUCAAAGUUUUUACGUCGUGUCUUCGUAACAAAAUUUUCGCUUUCCUAUCUGAAAACAAUUACAUAGAACAUGACAUCCAGAAAGGUUUUACCCCAAACGUUGCAGGAACUGUUGAACAUACAGCCCAUAUGGCGCACAUAAUCAACACAGCCCGUAUAAAACAAAGGUCACUUGUAAUCACUUUACUCGAUCUGAAGAAUGCAUUCGGUGAACUACAUCACAACCUUAUUUACAAAGUUCUUCAAUAUCAUCAUAUACCCGAUCCUAUAAAUGAACUAAUCCGGAGUCUUUAUACUAACUUCCAAACAUCUAUCAUAACUGAAAAAUUCAGUACCCCUUUCAUUACCGUCGGCCGUGGCGUUUUACAAGGUGACUGCCUUAGUCCACUCCUUUUCAAUAUGUCCUUUAAUACCUUCGUACAACACAUUAAAUCUGAAUCAUUCCUGCAGCUUGGUUUUUGGAAAUUUAAUAAAACUGGUAUUCCGUGUAAUCCAAUUCAUUGGUUCCAGUUUGCAGACGACGCGGCUGUCAUUAGUAGCCAAGAAAAAGAAAAUCAAAUCCUACUCAAUCGCUUCUCGGUAUGGUGUCAAUGGGCCAAUAUGAUUAUACGUGUUGACAAGUGCUCUACGUUCGGUAUUAAAAAACACUCAUCUAAAUCUGUUCAAUAUCAACCUAAAUUGUUUAUUAACCACCUACUUGUACCCCGUACCGAAACUGGUGAAUCUUUCCGCUACCUUGGUCGUUAUUUUAAUUUCAACAUGUCAGAUGAAAAACACCAAUCGGAUAUAUGUGACUUGUUUAAUAAUAUCAUAUCUAAAAUAGAUGAAUUACAUUUGCACCCCCGAAAUAAAAUCCUGCUAUACAGUCGCUACUUGCUCUCGAAAAUCUCAUGGGACUUCACAAUAACUGAUAUAUCUCAAACAUGGGUUUGCGAGACUUUGGACGGUAUUGCUACUAAAUAUAUACGAAAAUGGCUCGAACUGCCAAUAUCUGCAACUCUAAGCAAUGUCUAUCUCCCUUACAAGUUGUACAACAAAUUUGGUUUAAAUGUCAUUCUACCUUCAACGAAGUUUAUACAGUGCCAAACUGUCUCACGCUUAGCUUUAAAGUCAUCGAUAAAUGAAAACAUACGUGAAUUAUGGUCAAUAACAAGCACCAAUAGGAACAUUCAGUACGACAUUUACUCAAAAAAACGAACAGCGACUACAAAAUAA